AUGAAGCUCGCACAGUAUCUCGCGCUUCUUCCACUUUGCCUGGCAAGCAGUGGCUAUUAUUUUGAUGGCUCUGCUACCAGCAACGGAGAUGGCACUCAAUCAAGUCCAUAUAAUACCUUGACUUCGAUCCCGAAUCUCUCACUUUCUCCCGGCGGUCUUGCCGCUCCUGGAUUGAGAGACCGCAAGGCAUAUCAGCUCUUGACCGGUUAUGCCACCUUGGAUUCUGCAACCGCUGUACCAGGUGACGCAGCCGUGGAUUUUUUCAAUUACCCCACAAGUGCGCACCUGAAUCGGGGAUUCUACUCUGGUACGGGAACAAAGACUCCGACAGGCAUCAGUCGCUUCGAUGACUCGAGUAUAUCCGGCUGGAUCGUCACGGGAACCGCCUCCAUUGUGGCAGACCCAUCCGGGGGGCUAGGUAAAUCGCUUUCGCUCGCUUCUGGUGUUUCAAUUACCAAACUAUUUCUCUCGCUGUUCCGUUUCGCCUUAAUACAAAGGGAAUGGCAAAUUCUGGAAAUUGCUUUCUCGGAUAGUGCUUCGAGCGCUACUGUAGACGGGGAAUCCGUUGGUUUGGUCUCUGUGACGCAAAUUGCUACAGUUAAUACUGCAUUCGUUAAGAUCAAUGGUGGUGCGGCUGGUUUGAUUGUGGAUGAUAUAUUUGUUACGGCUGUCUGA